UGGUUGGAAACGAAUUCUUUCGGCAUCAAAUCGCGACUUUGAAUCACCUAAUGUGACGACAACGUGCUCUGAUGUACAGAAAUGUGUGAUAGCUUGUCACAGAACGGGCUAUUCAGAAUCACUAACCUUUCAUACCGAAACCAACACGUGCAUGUGUUAUGACGUUGAUAAGUCAAACGAAACAUUACACGACUUCCAGUCGAAACAGGGAGUUUUGUUCUACAGCAGGAAUAGCAAUACGGGAUCGCAAAAUUCCAUCAUCGCCAUGACAUACAAUUCAGUUACAAAGACACCGUGUUUGGAGCUGCUGGACUCUGGCUAUACAAAAGACGGUAUAUACGAGAUGACGACAGAGACGGGGUUAGUGUUUCAGGUUGUAUGUAACAUGACGGCUGGAGGCUGGACGGUACUUCAACAUCGCGUCAACAACACCGAAGUGUUCAGUCGUACGUACCAGGAGUAUGUAGACGGAUUUGGUUCGCUUCGAGGAGAAUUCUGGUUUGGAUUGGAAUAUAUCUAUAUCAUGACAAGACAGGCCCGGUCUGUCAAGUUCGACUUGCUAAAAGAUACAAAUAAAUGGUUGUUACUACAAUACAGUUCCUUCACCAUAGAUGAUGCUACUGCAUUUUAUAAACUUCACGUGUCUGGGCACGUGGCGUCAGCCGGGAUGUGUACUUAUACAUUUACAUAUAACGACGGUAUGGCGUUUCACGCCAAGGACAGAGACAGAUCAAACUGCGCCUCUAACCGUAAGGGAGGUUGGUGGUUUAAAGGUUGCACUUGGCUCAAUAUCAACGGUGGCUACGGCUUACGGAAUACCAUGGCAACAAUGGGAGAAUAUUGUAGUGGUUACAACUAUUUCAAGGAGACUGUUAUGAGCAUACGAUAGCCAUAUUGCUAUGUUCAUCGCAGAAUACAAUU